UUCUCUCUUAGCAGCAAGGCGAGGCGGUUGUCACCAUUCCAGCUCUCCGACCGGCAUCUUCAUCCAUCUCGAAAAUCUCCAACGUGACACCAUGUCUAAGGGACCAGCUGUUGGUAUUGAUCUUGGGACCACCUACUCUUGUGUGGGUGUCUUCCAACAUGGAAAAGUAGAAAUUAUUGCUAAUGACCAAGGAAACAGGACUACUCCAAGCUAUGUAGCCUUCACCGAUUCUGAGAGAUUGAUCGGAGAUGCCGCAAAAAAUCAGGUCGCCAUGAACCCCACCAACACCGUCUUUGAUGCAAAGCGUCUGAUUGGUCGCCGAUUUGAUGAUGGUGUUGUCCAGUCUGACAUGAAGCACUGGCCUUUUAAUGUCAUCAAUGACAAUACCCGUCCCAAAGUUCAGGUUGAAUACAAGGGUGAGACGAAGUCAUUCUACCCUGAGGAGAUUUCCUCCAUGGUUCUCACCAAAAUGAAGGAAAUUGCUGAGGCUUAUCUGGGAAAGACCGUUUCCAAUGCCGUGGUCACAGUCCCUGCCUACUUCAACGAUUCUCAGCGACAGGCCACCAAAGAUGCUGGAACCAUCUCUGGCUUGAACGUUCUUCGUAUCAUCAAUGAGCCAACUGCUGCUGCUAUUGCCUACGGCUUGGACAAAAAGGUUGGAGCUGAGAGGAACGUCCUCAUCUUUGAUCUUGGUGGUGGCACCUUCGACGUGUCCAUCCUCACCAUUGAGGAUGGAAUUUUCGAGGUGAAGUCUACUGCUGGAGACACUCACUUGGGCGGUGAAGACUUCGACAACCGCAUGGUGAACCACUUCAUCACAGAGUUCAAGCGUAAACACAAGAAGGACAUCAGUGAUAACAAGAGAGCUGUUCGUCGUCUCCGCACUGCUUGCGAGAGGGCCAAGCGCACCCUGUCCUCCAGCACUCAGGCCAGUAUUGAGAUUGACUCCCUCUAUGAGGGUAUCGAUUUCUAUACCUCCAUCACCAGGGCACGAUUUGAAGAGCUGAAUGCGGACCUAUUCCGUGGCACAUUGGACCCAGUUGAGAAGUCCCUGCGUGACGCUAAGAUGGACAAGGCUCAGAUCCACGACAUUGUCCUGGUUGGUGGUUCCACUCGCAUUCCCAAGAUCCAGAAACUGCUCCAAGACUACUUCAAUGGCAAAGAGCUCAACAAGAGCAUCAAUCCCGAUGAGGCAGUUGCCUAUGGAGCAGCUGUUCAGGCUGCGAUCCUCUCUGGUGACAAGUCUGAGAAUGUUCAGGACCUGCUGCUGCUUGAUGUCACUCCUCUGUCCCUUGGAAUUGAGACUGCUGGUGGUGUUAUGACUGUACUCAUAAAGCGUAAUACCACCAUCCCAACCAAACAGACUCAGACCUUCACCACAUACUCUGAUAACCAGCCUGGCGUGCUCAUUCAGGUCUAUGAGGGUGAGCGUGCAAUGACCAAGGAUAACAACUUGCUGGGCAAGUUUGAGCUCACUGGAAUCCCCCCUGCACCCCGUGGUGUUCCCCAGAUUGAAGUCACCUUUGAUAUUGAUGCCAACGGCAUCAUGAACGUGUCUGCGGUUGACAAGAGCACUGGCAAGGAGAACAAGAUCACAAUCACCAAUGACAAAGGUCGUCUCAGCAAGGAGGACAUUGAGCGCAUGGUGCAGGAGGCCGAGAAGUACAAGUCUGAAGAUGAUGUGCAGCGUGACAAAGUAUCUUCAAAGAAUGGUCUGGAGUCCUACGCCUUCAACAUGAAGUCCACUGUUGAGGAUGAGAAACUGCAGGGCAAGAUCAGCGAUGAGGACAAACAGAAGAUCCUUGAAAAGUGCAACGAAGUCAUCAGCUGGCUUGACAAGAACCAGACUGCCGAGAGGGAAGAAUUUGAGCACCAGCAGAAAGAGCUGGAGAAGAUAUGCAACCCCAUCAUCACCAAGCUUUAUCAGGGUGCUGGAGGCAUGCCAGGUGGUAUGCCUGAUGGUAUGCCUGGUGGCUUCUCAGGAGCUGGUGCUGCUCCAGGAGGUGGAUCCUCUGGCCCAACCAUCGAGGAGGUUGACUAAGCCAUUCCAAAGCUGCUAUGCUAUUUCCAUAGCAAUGUGUAAUGUUGCCCUCUGUAGUUUGAUUUGUCUAAAAUUGUUACUGUUUUGUGAUUGUUUUGAUGACUUAAACUUGCAGAGAGAUUGUUGCUAUUAAUAAAAAUGGGGAUUAAGGAUCACAGGGAACAGAUUUUCUACAUGCACAAACCAUUUAUAGGCGUGUGAAAUGUAAAUUUCAUAAGCCUUCUCCAGCUGCCUCAAUGCAUUGAAAGAAAUUAAUAAAAUUGUGACUUCUUCCCAGUU